GGAGCUCACCAUGGCCUCACGGGUGGCCUGCUUUCUGUCGCUGACCCUGCUGCUGGGUGUGCUCCCUGGGCUCCAGGGUUCUGGACCUAUCCAAAUAUCGUCAAAGGAGUCGGCCGCUCAGCUUGGCCAGAAGGUGGAGCUGGCAUGUGAGGUGCGGAUAUCCACCUCGCAGGGAUGCUCUUGGAUCUUCCAGGAUGGCAGCUCUGCACCCCCUAAACUCAAGUUCAUCGCCUAUGUCUCUUCGCUGGGCCAGUCCAAAGGCAUUGAUAAGCAGGACGUGAAGCACUUCUCUGCCAAGAAGACUGGCGACAAGUACAUCCUCACCGUGAGCGAGUUCAGCAAGAAACACGAAGGCUACUACUUCUGCAGCUCCAUCAGCAACUCGGUUAUGUACUUUAGCCGUCUCCUGCCGGUCUUCCUGUCAG